AUGAACGAGUUCCUCUCCCGCUUCGUCCACUCGAUCAAGCCCAUCCUCUCCCAAUCCUUCCCGGAUUUGACGAAGCAAACCCUAGAUUCGAUGAUGCUUCUCAUUUGCCAGCGGGUCGCUGCUGAAAUAGAUCAAAGCUCCCAAGGAACGGCGCCUGCCGUCGAUCUUAGUGAAGAUCUGUGGAAGACGAUUAAUGAAGUUAGCAAGUCGGUUCAUGAUGCUAUGAGGAGAGAUCGGAUGAGAGACGAGCUGAAGAAGUACUUGCAUCAUGAUGAUGUUAAGGAAAUGUGUCGAUUCGCAGGUGAUAUUGGGAUUCGUGGAGAUAUGUUGCGGGAGUUUAGGUUUAAAUGGGCGAGCGAGAAGUUAGAGGAGGUUGAGUUUUAUAGGAACCUUGAAAAGAUUAGGGAAAACACGUCGAGGGAGGAAGAAGAAGGGGAGAAGAGCUUAAAGGUGGAAGCUUUGCCAGAGAGGAAGGGGAAGAUUAAGUAUAAGAUUUAUGGGUUGGAUUUGUCGGAUGACAAGUGGGCAGAGGUUGCAGAAAGAGUGGAAGAUGCGGAGGGUAAAUAUUUGAAGGACGAGGCGAAGCCAGUGGUUGGGAGGAGUAAGAGGCUUGAGGAUAAGUUUUUCGGGUUGGAUUGGAAGAAGGAUGAUCUGAUGCCGGUGUUGAAGGAGUGGGCGGAGGCAUUGGAAGCAAAGAGGGUGGAUUGGCUUGCUUUGCUCGAGAGGAUUAAGGAGAAGAAUGUUGAUAUGUACUUCAAGGUAUGA